AUGAGCGGCAGAGAAGGAGACCAUCCUCAAUUACCAGAGCAGGCGGCGGCUCAGGGCGAUGAAGGUACGACACAAGUUACUGCGGAUACAUCCGGGAAUAGAUCCGAAGUAUCACCACAACCACCUCAGUCGCAUAUCGGACGGGCAGCGACUUUGCCAACACGGAGAUCACUCGAUACACAUAGCAAGCAUGUACCGGGGAAAGUGCGUUUUUCGUCGGAGAUCGAGCGACUGCCGCCCGCCAAUUAUGACGGAUCAACAAGGCAUAGCGCGGAUGCGCAGCGACCGCCAACGGCGAAGGGACUCAGAAUCAACACGGAUGUGGAAUCUUUCCCCAGUGUGGUGUCACCCAACAGUCGAGUUGUCCACAGCGGUAGCGCAAUUACGAAUACGCCGCUUUCCCCUCCUUCGCCGCAGUCACGAACUCGAGAUCGAGGCUAUUCGCUUCGACGCACCUUGUUCGCGAGGAAUAUCCAGUCGGUUACGGAGACAACUGGACCAAGCAUCGAACUGCAAACGAAGCGUCCGUCCACGGCGAAGGGCUCUGAUACACAAGAGAAAGUUUCUGUGGCUGAAGAGGAAAUUCGCCCGGUACAAACGCUGGAAACGGAUACUCAGGACGACGAUGCGAUAUCCUCGACAUAUUCCGAGUCAACCCCGCUCAAGUAUACUUUAUCCCUAACUGCCGGUCAGAAUUGGUUGAAGGCAGCGGCUUGCGAAUCGAAAGCGUACGAGCAUUUUAGUCAAUGGAAUGAGACCAUCAAAGAGAAAGUCUUCCGAAUCAAACCAUUGCCACCUACCAAGGAUGGUCGCCAUAUUGAGCUGAAUGUUAGUGCGGUAGACGCACUAGUUGAUGAGAGAUCCGGUAGUCCAUAUGUUAACAACUCGAUUCGCUCAAGUCGGUAUAGCUUAUGGAGCUUCUUUCCAAAACAGCUUGUUGCGCAAUUUUCUAAAAUUGCCAAUUUUUACUUUCUGGUGGUUUCCAUUAUGCAGAUGAUUCCUGGUCUAAGUACGACUGGUACUUUUACGACAAUUAUUCCUCUGUUGAUUUUCGUCGGUAUCUCCAUGGGCAAGGAAGGGUUCGAUGAUCUGCGUCGAUAUCGUUUGGAUAAAGAAGAGAACAACCGCUACGUACAUGUUCUGCAACCAGACGGCCGACGAAAGCGGGAAAUGGAAAAGCCUACGAAAGACACAACUCCAGCGCUGGAAAACGACGGAGAUUGGGUGGCUGUCAAGUGGCAAGACGUCAGAGUCGGAGACGUUAUUCAGCUUCGUCGCAACCAAGCAGUGCCUGCAGAUGUUGUGCUUUUACAUUCAGACGGCCAAAAUGGCGUUGCGCAUAUUGAAACCAUGGCUCUGGACGGUGAGACGAACCUCAAGACAAAACAACCUUGUCAGGCUGUGGCAAAAGCCUGCAAGACCCCUGAAGAUAUCAUUGCACGGAGACGCUAUAUCCGGUUCACUGUGGAAGAUCCCAACAUCGAUCUGUACAAGUUCGAUGGCAACGUUACUGUUGACGAUGAGAAGCUGCCUAUCACCAACACUGAGAUACUGUACCGAGGCAGUAUCCUACGAAAUACCGAACGAAUCUAUGCCAUGGUCAUUUACACCGGCGAAGAAUGCAAGAUCCGGAUGAAUGCGAACAAGAAUCCUCGAAUCAAGAAACCCACCUUGCAAACUGUGGUCAAUUAUGUUGUUGUCCUCAUUGUGGCCAUGGUUCUUCUCAUUGCGAUGAUUUGCACGAUUGCCUAUAGUGUCUGGGACGAAAACUACCAGGAACAUGCAUGGUAUCUUAACCAUGCGACUGUUGCUAUUGGUCCUGUAUUCACCUCCUAUUUGAUCAUGUUCAAUACCAUGAUUCCCAUUUCGCUCUAUGUGAGCAUGGAAAUCGUCAAAGUGGGUCAGAUGCUCCUACUUAACGACAUUGAUAUGUACGAUGAGGAGUCAGAUACUCCUCUUGAAGCAAGAACGUCGACUAUCAACGAAGAACUCGGCCAAGUCAGCUACAUCUUUUCCGACAAAACCGGCACGUUGACAAACAAUACCAUGAAAUUUCGCAUGAUGAGUGUUGCCGGUACCGCCUGGCUUCACGAUUCCGAUCUGCGCGAGGAAGCUGCUAGAGAUGCUGACAAGCACUGGUUGAUACACAAAAAGCGAAGCGUCAAAGGAAAGAAAGCAAUGAGUCGCAAAUCUGGAGUGGAGAGCAUCCAUCGAGCAUCGUCAUUCCGGAUGUCUACAGCAUCUGUGCACGGUGAGCUACCGUCUCGUUCUCGGUCAGUCAUGCACAGCAAACAGUUCCGUGGAGGCAAUACCACGCAAAUGUUGGAAUACAUCCAACGCAAACCCCAUACUCUGUUUGCUCGCAAGGCCAAGUUUUUCAUUCUGUCUCUGGCAUUGUGCCAUACUUGUAUACCGGAACAAGACGAGGCUGGGAAUAUCACCUACCAAGCUGCGUCUCCUGAUGAGAUGGCAUUGGUAACAGCUGCACAGCAAUUAGGGUACUUGGUUAUGGACCGACAACAAAAGACUUUGACCGUGCGGACUUAUCCAUCUGGCCUUGAUGAUGAUCCAUGGGACGAAACCUACGAAGUUUUGGAUGUGAUUGAAUUCACUAGUGCUCGGAAGAGAAUGUCCGUGGUUGUGCGCAUGCCAGAUCAACGGAUCUGUCUCUUUUGUAAAGGCGCAGAUUCGACCAUCACGAAAUUACUCCGACAGGCAUCAUUGGCACAACAAAAGGCAGUGCAAAUUGAGAGACGAGCUAGCCAACGGAAGGCGGAGGAAGCCAUUGAGGCCAUGCGACGUAACAGCGAACACCACAGUCCUAUCAACGUUCGAAAGCCUAGCCUUUCCCGGAGAGUGUCCAGUGGACUUUCUGGAAAACGUGAUUCUCUCCGUCGUAGUGUUGAUAUCUGGCUCAAGGAUCGCGAGACCGAUGGUGGUAUGCUCAACAAAGACAAUGGCAGUGAGUAUUACAGUCCCCGACCAUCAGCCCAGUUUAACCGGAAUUCAAUGGCUUCAUCGGAUGGUCGUCCUUCUUUCCAAGAAGAAGAUGAUGGGUAUCUGGUCGAGGAAAGUCUAGUUGUGGAUGAUCACGCUGUGUUUGAACGAUGCUUCCAGCAUUUGAACGAUUUCGCUACAGAAGGUUUGCGUACUUUGAUGUAUGCUUCUCGUUUCCUGGACGAGUCUACGUACACAGAAUGGAAGCAAGCAUACCACGAGGCAAGCACGAGUUUGGUAGAUCGACAAGAAAAGAUUGAAAAGGUGGGCGAGCAAAUUGAAACUCAGCUCGAGCUAGUCGGUGCCACGGCCAUUGAAGACAAACUUCAAAAGGGUGUACCGGAGGCAAUUGAUAAGUUGAGACGGGCGAAUAUCAAGCUCUGGAUGUUGACUGGUGACAAACGUGAGACGGCAAUCAACAUUGGCCACUCUUGUCGACUUGUCAAGGAGUAUUCCGAGGUUAUUAUCCUUGACCAUGAGGCUUGUGACGUGGAAAAGACCAUUGUCAGCACCAUCAAUAGUAUCCGCAAGGGUCGGAUGGCCCAUUCGGUGCUGGUGAUCGAUGGACAAACAUUAUCGAUGAUUGAAGGCGACGAAAUCCUGCUACCUCGAUUCUUCAAGCUAGCGAUUAUGGUUGAUUCUGUCAUCUGUUGCCGCGCUAGUCCCAAGCAAAAGGCGUUCUUGGUCAAAUCCGUGCGAAAGCAUGUCUUGAAUGCGAUUACCUUGGCAAUCGGUGACGGGGCAAAUGAUAUUGCUAUGAUCCAAGAAGCGCAUGUCGGCAUUGGUAUUACCGGAAAGGAGGGUCUGCAAGCCGCCAGAAUAUCCGAUUAUUCCAUUGCACAAUUCCGCUUCUUACUCAAGCUUCUGCUUGUUCACGGUCGCUGGAACUAUAACCGGAUUUGCAAGUAUACCUUGGGAACAUUCUGGAAGGAGAUGCUAUUCUACCUCAGUCAAGCUCUAUUUCAGCAUUACAAUGGCUACACGGGCACUAGUCUGUACGAGAACUGGUCAUUGAGUAUGUUCAAUACAUUGUUCACAUCUCUCGCUGUGAUUUUCCUAGGCAUAUUGGAAAAAGACCUCUCCGCAUCAACCUUACUUGCAGUACCCGAGCUAUACACGAAGGGUCAACGUAACCAAGGCUUCAACAUUCGCAUCUACCUCGGCUGGGCACUAAUGGCUGUAAUCGAAGCCGUCAUCGUCUUCUACACCAUGUACGGUCUCUUCGGGCAAUCACUCAUCGGCGUCGACAACACUAUCUUUCCCAUGGGUCUCCUCACAUUCACCGCAUGCGUAAUCAUCAUCAACUUCAAACUCCAGUUCCUCGAAAUUCACUACAAAACCAUCGCCUCAGCCAUUGUCCUAUUCGUCUCUAUCGGAGGCUGGUUCCUAUGGAACAUCAUCCUCUCAACCCGCUAUAACGACGCUAAAUCCGGAAAAUCCAUCUAUGACGUCCACGGCAAUUUUCUCACUCGUAUCGGUCGCAGUCUCAAUUUUUGGGCUGUUUUAUUUCUCAUCGUCGCAUCUGUGCUUCUAUUCGAGACAACAGUGACGUUGUUCAGACAGUACUUCUUCCCGACCGAUGUGGACAUCUUCCAACACCUCGAACGCGACCCGGCAAUCAAGAGACGAUUCGAAGAAGCAGCCGCCUCGGAAUUACAGCAGGGCUGGGACCGGGCCAGCGACAAGGUAAAAUCAAGCCUCGAAAUCGCGCGUAACGAAGAGGAGCAGUUAGCGAGAGAGAGGGAAGUAAAUGAAUACCUCAAUCGACCCAGAACAACUCGCCAUUCUUCCUCGUCACCAGUCCGAGGCGAAAUCGACGAAGAGGCUGCCGUCGUCGGCCGCUCAGGAUCUGUGGCCUCUGCAAACCCGCGCCGAAAAUCGCAUGAUAUCCAUGACUUAUUCAGUAAAGGUUUUGGGACGAUAAAAAGGGGGCAAUUAUGAUUUCUUGCUUUUUUUACUGUCUUCUCAUUUUAGAAUAGGUAGCAUUUAUGUCUGUUUUUCGUGGUUUACGGUUCAAAUACCCUAUGAUUUCUUA